UGGUUUGAAGCUAGCAAACUGCCGUCGUUUAGUGGGAAGGAGGCGGUUCUAGUCCCCCGCUCGCACGAGAGAAAGACCCGCCUCAUCUGUAAAAUGAAAGCUGCCAGUCUGGGAACGUUCCGACAGUCAUUAUUAUACCUCAGUAAUUCCAACCGGCUCCUUUGCUUUGGUAAACGUGUUAGAGUUCUCACAGUUUGAAGACUACUUAUGGAUGGAAACUUGACCACACGACGUGACACUGGAUCUCUGCUGGGAGUGUGUGGCCUGUCCGUUGCCUGCACAGUGAGGCUUGGUGCCUGGAGCUGAGUCUAGCUCUUUCCCCCUCCCUUCUGGUGGCUCCUUAUGCUGGAUUGCAGCUGUACCCUGUGUCUUGCAGGAUGGAUGGUGUGGAUCUAAAGGGUCUCGUGUGUUGGCAGCGCUCCCUGUUCUGUGACAGUGUUCUCUUCUUUUCUAUUUACAAAAGAACACCCCCCAUCCUCCACCCAGACUCUGAGCCCUGUAUACCUACUAACUGUAUUUAAGCAGCAGUCACACAGGUAGGAAUAGGAGAGGGAGGUUUGCAAAACAAGCUCCUGUUUUAAUUGGUCAGUCUGACCACAUAGAUUUCAAUUUCUUUCCAAAGCCUUUAUGGAGGAAGUUUGAGUUCUCUUUUCUCUGUUGAAUCAUAUCCGCUCACUAUUGUUGGGGGUGGUGGGAUGUCGGAAAAGCCCAACAACAAGAUGGUUAAGUUCCUGACUCCCCUUCCCAAGAGUGGUAACGGAAACAACGGGUCUGGCUCGGACUCGCUUGUUGGUGAACGGAUGGCAGCAGAGGUGAGGCGGCGCCACCACACCAUGGAGCGCGACCGUUGCGCUGCAGAACAUCGAACCUUCUUCCGUCGCAGCGUCAUCAGCGACUCCAAUGCCACAGCCCUUGACCUCCCCUUACCGAGUAAAAUCCCUGUCCUUGCACCUCUGGUACCCCGCGUGCGAGAUGUCGCGCCCCGGCACUCUGGUGCACUGCCCACCCCAAGACCUGCACUCCGUGUGACUGUGAGGGAGGAGUUGGCUGAGUGUGAAGGUGGAUUGAGGGUGGAUGUGGUGUCUGUAGAGCAGAAGGCUGCUGUACUACAGGAUAUCUGUGAUGGGGAAGCAGUGGUUGCUCAGCAAGCAAACAGUCUAGCUGCCCAACCUCUGAGCCAAACAACAGAACCUGAGAGUGAGGUGAAGGAGAGUGACGAAGGAGAGGGGAGGGAAGCAGAUAAGGAAGAGAAGGAGAAAGCCCGGGUAGAGGCUGAACUGAGAGAGGCGGAAAAGAAGGUGCAAGAUGACAUUGAGGAAGCCGAGACGAAAGCGGUGGGAACGUCGCCGGAUGGGCGUUUCCUCAAGUUUGACAUUGAGAUUGGACGUGGUUCCUUCAAGACGGUCUACAAGGGCCUGGACACAGAGACCACAGUGGAGGUGGCAUGGUGCGAGCUGCAGGACCGUAAGCUGUCCAAGUCGGAGCGCCAGCGGUUCAAGGAGGAGGCGGGCAUGCUGAAGGGGCUGCAGCACCCCAACAUUGUCCGCUUCUACGACUCUUGGGAGGCCCCUGUUAAAGGCAGGAAGUGUAUUGUGCUGGUCACAGAGCUCAUGACCUCUGGAACACUCAAAACGUAUCUGAAGCGCUUCAAGGUCAUGAAGAUCAAAGUUCUGAGGAGCUGGUGUAGGCAGAUCCUGAAGGGCCUUCACUUCCUCCACACCAGGGCCCCGCCUAUCAUCCACAGGGACCUGAAGUGUGACAACAUCUUCAUUACGGGGCCCACAGGCUCCGUCAAGAUAGGAGACCUGGGAUUAGCAACACUCAAGAGGUCCUCUUUUGCCAAGAGUGUCAUAGGUACCCCUGAGUUCAUGGCGCCUGAGAUGUAUGAGGAGAAGUACGACGAGUCAGUGGAUGUGUAUGCCUUUGGGAUGUGCAUGCUGGAGAUGGCCACCUCAGAGUACCCAUACUCCGAGUGCCAGAACGCUGCACAGAUCUACCGCAGAGUCACCAGCGGGGUGAAGCCGGCCAGCUUCGACAAGGUGGCGAUCCCAGAGGUGAAGGAGAUCAUCGAGGGAUGCAUCCGACAAAACAAGGACGAGAGGUACUCGAUAAAGGACCUGCUGAACCAUGCCUUCUUCCAGGAGGAGACAGGGGUGCGUGUUGAGCUGGCCGAAGAGGACGACGGUGAAAUGGAGGCCAUCAAGCUUUGGCUGAGGAUAGAGGAUGUCAAGAAGCUGAAGGGGAAAUACAAGGACAACGAGGCCAUUGAGUUCUCCUUCGACCUCAGCAAGGAUGUCCCUGAGGACGUGGCCCAGGAGAUGGUGGAGUCUGGCUACGUGUGUGAAGGGGACCAUAAGACCAUGGCUAAGGCCAUCAAGGACAGAGUUUCCCUCAUCAGCAGGAAGCGAGAGCAGAGGCAACAGGUGCGAGAGGAACAGGAGAAGAGGAGGCUGGAGGAGGAGCAGGGCCAGCAACAACAACUACUGCAGCAGCAGCAGGGCCAACCUCAACCAGGGCUCCAGCCCGGCACAGAGGCCCCCCAACCAGCCCAGCCUGUCCCUCAGGCAGCCCCCCAGCCAGGCCAACAGGCUGCCCCCUACAUCCCCCCACAGCCCACCCAGCAGCCAACCCAGCCCAUGGCCCCCUACAUCCCCCCUCAGACAGCACAGCUGGGGCCACAGGGGGUUCCCUAUAUACCCCAGUCUACAGGGCAGCUCCCAGUCUCUGUCCCAGUAUCGUCCCAGAUUCCAGUCCAGGUUCCAGUCCAGACAGAAUCAGAGAGGCCAGAGGUGGACCAGUACCCACAGCAGACUGAGACUGCCAAUCAAAUGACAGAUAGUGCUCAGGGUUCCUCUGUCCUUCAUGAGACAAAGCCGGUGAUGUCAUACACCUCUCUUCCCAGUCAGCAGCCUCAGCCACAGGCCCCUCCUCCUGUCCAAACAGACCCAUCACGUCAGCCGCAGCAGACCAUGGUGGUUCCUGCUGCUCAGCAUACCACUGUUGCCCCUGGGGCUCCAAGCUCCCAGCCUGCCCCUGGGGCCCCACAACAGUAUGGAGGUUACUACCACCCACCACUCCCCCCUCAGGUGCCCCCCCAGCAGGUGACAUUGCCCCCCUCUCAGCCCAUCCCUCCCCUGCACCUCCAGCAGCCACAGCCAGAGGGCAGUGAUGUACCUCAGAGCUCAGUACUACCACCUCUCCAGCCUGCAGUCUGGCAAAUACAGGCCCCUGUGAGUGUAUCCCAGCCGGCGCCAGCCGAGCAGGCAGCAGGUCCGACAACACUUGUCCCUCAGUCUGUGGAGAGUUGCCUGUCAGACGCAGCGUCAGGUCUGAGUGACGGCUAUGAAGGGGCGUCGGGUGGUAGACACGAGGGGCGCUCCAUGAUCAAGCGGCACCAGCGGCGUUCCGUACGCAGCCGCUCUCGGCACGAUAAGACCGCCAAGGCCAAGCUCAACGUCCUCAAUAUCUCCAACAUGGGAGACCGGGUGGCAGAGUGCCAGCUGGAGACUCACAACAGGAAGAUGGUGACCUUUAAGUUUGACCUGGACGGAGAUAACCCAGAGGAGAUUGCACAGAUCAUGGUGCUGAGUGAAUUUAUCCUGGAGAGCGAACGUGAGUCGUUCAUCGAGCAGGUUCGUGAAGUCAUCGAAAAGGCGGACGAUAGAGAGGGCAUGAAGGAAGGCUACGCUCAACCACCCUUUACACAGAUUGUGGUGGAUGACCCCUCACAGCAGCCUGACAUGCCCACUCAUCUGCCUGGUGUUCCUCCCAGCGUUGCAGCUCAGGUAGUCCACUCUGCAGGCCGGAGGUUCAUUGUCAGCCCUGUCCCAGAGUCCCGUCUGAGGGAGCAAUUCUUCGGCCCUCCAUCUGCUAACACCUCGUUUGGGGAUGAGCCCCCUCAAGUGAAUCUGGGCCUGUCCCUGUCUGCCCCCUCAGGCCACCUCCAGCAGGCCUUAACUGAGAUGAGGCAGCCGCAUGGGGAGAGACGAGCCACCAUGGGCCACCCAGCCGAGCCAGACACCAGCAUAGUCCCCUCCUCCCUGCGCCCAGCCUCCCCCUCUCUCCCACCCUCACCAAACCUUGGCUCCCCCAGAGGCUACACUCAGAGCAGCACCCUGCAGCUGACCUGGUUCCUAUUCCAUCCUCUCAGCCUAUCCCUGAGUCCAUACCUGUCACUCAGCCCACCUCCCAGUCCCAGCCUAUCCCUGCCUCUGUCCCUGUGGCACAGUCUGCAAUGGCACCCACCCAACUUCCACCCCUCUACCCUGCCCUCCCAACCGUCCCAGCCAGGGGACCCAGAUGGGGUAGAGUCCCAGUCCAAGGUCCCUGGUAUAGAUGACAUACAUGCCCUGGAUAAGAAGCUGCGCUCCCUCUUUAAGGACACAUCCUCUGCGGAAACUGGCAACACUGAGACCACCUCCCCCUCCACAGGGACCAUCUCCCCUCCCCCCGGGGCAGCCCCGGUGCCCCCCUCCAACCUGUCUCUCACCGCCGGGGGACAGGGAGCCCAGGGCCCCACCACGACCCCAGGACAGGGCCUCACACCAGGGGGACAUGCACAGACACCUCCAGCCAAGCCUGGUCAAGCCACCAGUGCACAGGUGUAUCCUGUUGGCUCCGAGCAGGCAGGCACCCCUACCUCCGAGCAACUGCCUCCAUUCCCAGGACCAAACCAGUCCCAGCAGCCUGUGGAUAGUCUGGACGGCCAGCCAAGGAGAGCUCUGAGCCCAGAGACCAUCCCAGGGAGCAGUGAGGCAGCCGUGCCCUCCACAAGGGUUGUUGAACUGGGACGCUUCCAAGUCUCCGUUGCAGCAGACGCUAGCACCGGCAGCACUCCUGACCCCUCCAACAUCGCCUCCUCUUCCUCUCUCACCCCAUCCUCCUCAUCCUCCUCUUCCUCUUCUUCCUCUUCCUCCCUCUCCAGCCCUGAAAACACCCUCCACCGCUCCUCCUCCCUCCUUUCCAAAGGGGUCCGGAGAGGAGACUCUGUAGAUGCGCUCUCUUCUGUCCCAACACAGCCCACUACCAUCGGACGCUUCCAGGUGUCUACUAGUGCCAGCAUUGGCCCCAGCCCUAAUUCUGUCUCGAAGGUGGGCCGUUUCUCAGUGAUGCCAGCCGCAGUCAAUCCCACGGCACCUCCGGGGUCUAGCCCCUCCCAUCAGAACGGUCCUUCCUCUUCGACCUCUGACCUCCGUAGCUCCGCCCCUGGUGUGAACAGUGGUUCAUUUAACCAUUACAUGACCAGCGACAACGAGGACGACUCAGGGCCUGAGGACGAGGCCUUCCAGAGCGAAGUCAGCUGCCUCCGAGAGAAGCAUAUGAUAGAGAUCCAGACCCUCCACUCACGGCAGAAGGAGGAAAUAGAUGCUCUGUUCACCAGGCUGGGUAAACCUCCUCCUUCAGCUGUCCUCUCCCCCGCUAUGGCUGGGGGCAGACGUAGACCCAAGACCAAGGCCAACAAAUCAGCCCGCAGCAGCGCCCAGGCCAGUCCCCAGCACUCGGGAGCCCCAGUCACAGGCCAGAUCCCCCCAGCGUCCCCACCUAAGCAGACGUCUCCCCCCACUGCAGCGCUCUCAGACAGCCAGACCUCCACCAUGGGAGUGAGUGGGACCAGUUCAGACAGUGGAGUGAACACCAGCCAGUCUCAUCCAUCAGGCCCUAACACAGCGCCGGCCCUAACACAGAACCGAAAGGGCACGUUCACAGACGACCUGCACCAGCUUGUUGACAACUGGGCCCGAGACGCCAUCAGCCUCUCCCAGGGCAAGAAAGGACCCAAGGGAACAGCCCAGGGACCCGGACAUGACAUCCCUCUACAUAUCCCUCCACAAGCAAACAUGAGCCGAAAGUUUUCUGCCCCCGGCCACCUGUGCCCCACCCUCCCGUCUACCACCCUGGCAGGUGCCCACCUCCCCAUUACCACUAACCCCUCCAACCCACUCUGCCAGCGUCAGGGCUCUCUAGCCCCCCCCCCCCCCCCCAGGGAUUUGGCUAUGGCACAGCCCCCUACAGCACCCCCCAGUGGGCAGGACCCUGUCAGGUGGGUCUCCUGGCCCAGUACCAGGCCCCUUCCGUGGCCUCAGCCCCCCCUUCAGCAGGCCUUCCACAUGGGAGCCACCCAGAAACCUGUUAGCAACCCUGGAGGUCCCAACCUGAGGCCCACAUAGCCCAGUCUGCAGCCCUGGACCUGGGUUAGUAAGGCUGGGCUUGAUAGGAACUGAGGGCAGGGAGGAAGAGAGCCAUAGGAGGACAACUACUAUCUGACGUUCUAUUUCACUAAUUGGUGAGGUGAAAUAAAGAGGAUGAAGUGAAAAUGGAGGAGAGGAGGCUGUGGUUCAGUCCUGUCAGACAGAGAGCGAUGUCUGUCAGUUGGAGGGAGAGUGCAAUACAUACCCACAGCACACAAUCACACCUUCACCCUUACCAGGGCCCAGUCUUUUCUGCCAAUGGCUGUGGAAGCAGGCUGUGAUUGACAUUUGGGUUUGUCCAAUGAAAGCUAUGGACCCAAGGGCACAACUGGCAAUGGCCAAAGACAUCUGUUGAAAGCACCAUUGUGAUCUCAUCAUUCCCUUAAACAGGAGGGUAGGGUGGGGGAAGUCUUAAUCACUUCUUGACUGUAACUGGCCUUAAGCUUACCUAGGACAGAGUUAGCAGAUGGAGAGAACCCCCACAAACACAUACACAUGCGCCUCCUAGCACUACUGUCAUUGGCUGAGAUUGAGGCGUUGAAUGGUAUGAGAAACUGAUUAAUUGUAGGUAACAAGUUUGUAUAAUGAAAGGAGAGUGAGAUAUGUAGAGAAGCAAGGAGGUGGAAUGAGAGAAAGAUGGUGAAUGGAAGUUGGUUAGGUAGGGUUAUAGUGGAUAGUGUUUGGCUAGUGUUACUCAUUUGAUCACCAUACAGUAAGAUGCAGUAAUAGCAAUGUGAGGAAAGGAGUGAGCCCCCUGUGUAAGAGUGGCCUUAAACCCCCAAACACAUACAAAUUGUCUUUGUAUAUAGAGAUAUUUCUUGUCCUAAGUUAUGGUUAUAUUUGAUUAUCUGUCCCUCUGAGCUGGUCUGAUGUGAUGCUCUGCUUGACUGGGUGUGUUAGUUUCUUAUGAGACCAUCACAUAAUGUUAGUGUGAGCUAAGUAACAGACCUGUCUGUGGAUAGUUCAUUAAUACCUACUUCACCUGUCUUGUCCAGGCUUUAGAUUUACCCUGAAGUGACUGUAUCCAUGAGUGUUUUAGGUUUACGUCUUAGCAACUGGUUAGGCUCAGUGGUUUGAGUUGUUGGCUUCAGCUACUGUGAUCAUUUGGUUUUCGAUCUUAGCUACUGUGUCAGUCAGUUGUCUCACACCUCACCACCUGGUGUACUUUAGUCAGACUCUGGUAAGCAAGGCUAUGGUCCUUGGUACAGUUCUGUUAGAAAGGCAUUACAUUCUUGAGGCAUAGGGUUACCUUGCGAGUGAACGGUGCAUGGUGUUCACACACAGACCUCUAAGCAAUGUCAACAAAAAUGUCUUUAACCUUAUUUCCAGUUGUCAUCUUUCAGAAUCAUGACAAAUUGUCUGGGGUUUCUGUGGCUUGUUUUAUGUGUAUAUUUUAAAUAAAAAUACAAAAGAUGUUCUUUAUCGACCUGUUUAGCGAUCAGAUUUGGAUGUUUCACAGUAAUUAUUAAAGGUUGUUAAACAACAUGUAGUUAAAGGAAUAUAAAAGUGCAAUUGCAGGGUUAUUAUUAGUAUUAUAAUCUGUCACACAGGGGAGUAGUUAUGUUCUUCUUCUGCUCUUAUCAUACACCACCCUGUAAUUUUAUCUUGUUUUACUGUGCAUAUGUGUAUACAUAUAUGUAUAUAUGUGUGUAUGUGUGUAUGUAUGUAUGUAUGUAUGUAUGUAUGUGUGUGUGUGU